GAAUUGAAUUGAAUUGAAUUCUAACCACAAUUUUACUUUUCACCUUGUUGUUAGAGAAAUAAAUUUCAAGUAAUGCAAUUAGUAACGCAAGUUCGUCUAUUUAAAAGUCCUUACACGGUGUGUUACAUAUCUGAAGAUCGUCUAACCUUACCCGACAAAUGUAGCUGUAAAUCCAUCGGCGUAAGAGCGGAUACGGGCGAUUGCGGUCUAAGGGAACAAAAUGAAGAAAAAGAAUCUUCUAGAAAGAACCUGAAAGUGUAUACCACGGCGCUAUUUCUUCAGCCGUUCGUGAGAGAGUGUUUAAACUCUGAUGUUUACAGAACUAAUGUGUUGAGAUAUUUGUAUGAAUUGUGUGGAUAUUCGAACAGUAGGACUGUGUUUUUAAAGUUAAUUUUAGAACCGCCAGACAAGGAAGUUAUUGAUUAUGCCUGGAAUACAAGAAUGCUGCGACUUGUGUGGAGUAGGGUAGAAAUAGAAAAUGCAUUCUCUUGGCUGUCCACGCUGGGGGGUGCUUACUCAGCGCUAGGGGACUAUUUCGAACAUUGUGCGGAAGAAGCAGGCAGGAUAUCAAUGCGACAGUAUAGAUUAUCCAGAAUGCUUGGUGACGACAGCCUAGCUGCCAGAAGCAGACUUUACUCAGCACUCGCCUUCGCUCAGAAGGGAAACCUCAAAGUAGCGCGGCAUAUAGUUAGGAAUAUAGCCGCAUUCGCCAGGGAAACUCACGACAAGCGACUCAACAGAAUGUGCCAGGGGGUUUGGGCUAAACUCAAGUAUUUAAGAGCGGUAAAAAAUACACCAGCGAAAUUGGAGGCGGGCAGUUUUAAUGGCAAUAUCAACUCUGGAUUUUGUUAAUAUUUUUUCUCAGAAGUGGGAUUUGCAAUACGAUGGGGAAGGUUACUGAAAACCUUUAAUCGAGGUGCUCUACGUUUUUGUUUACUUGCCAGCUGUCACCAGUCUGAGGUAACGGGUGUGUGGCUGUAUCAUUAAGUAUGGCAUGAACUAUAAAAAGAAAAACAUGAAGUUUAGAAUGGUCUCAAAAGACUUGAAUCAGUGGCCGUAAAAAUAAAAAAAAAAACAAAAAUUAUUAAAAUGCAUGAAAACAAAUUGCACACCUACAUGAAUUGUUUGUUUUAAAAACAUUAAAACGAUCUACUGUAUUAUAUAUAGAAAAUAGAAAAGUAAUAAAUCUAUGGAUAUUGAGAGUUCAUUUGAAACGAAUAUACCCUCUACGCGCAACAAAUUAACAGAGAUCUUACCCAUAAACGCCCUGAAUAAUAAUAAAUCUAAUCAAAAAUCAUCAGUGUCUAGUGAGAGAUUUUCUACCUCGAUCGAUCAUGUAAAAGUACGAUUUGUAUGGAAUUCAAAGAGCGCCAUCUAGUGACAAAUUUGUUUUCCAGUAUUGAAACUAGAUUGAUUGAUUGUAUUAUUCGUACUAUCGUUAAGGUUACCUGGCUACAUGAACAAACACAUAGGGAGCAUUCCCUACUUUGGGCCAAUGCAAAAGACUGCAAACAAACCAAAAUAGCUUUCCCUAACCUA